CCCUCGCCUUUCGGCGGGUUUAAUUAAAAUGGCGCCCUGAGGCAGGGGCCAGUCAAAGCACCGGGUUGGGCGGCUCGGGGAGUGGCCCUGCGAAGAGGGAGGGAAGGAGGGCGCUCUCCCCGCCCUGCCACCCCCUCCGCGCGCGAGGAUGGCGAGCCCGGACCAGAAGUCCCCCAACGUUCUGCUGCAGAAUCUCUGCUGCCGCAUCCUGGGCAAGGGCGAAGCUGAUGUUGCUCAGCAGUUUCAGUAUGCAGUGCGAGUCAUUGGAAGCAACUUUGCCCCUACAGUCGAGCGAGAUGAAUUUCUUGUGGCAGAAAAAAUUAAAAAAGAAUUUGUGCGCCAAGGAAGAGAAGAACAUGCUGCUGUAUUUUCAGAGCUCUACAGAAAACUUUACUCACAGGGCGUUUUGAAAAACAGAUGGUCAAUCCUCUACCUCCUGCUUAGUCUCAGUGAAGAUCCUCGUAAGCAGUCAAACAAGGUUUCAAAUUUUGCUACCCUCUUUGCUCAAGCUCUACCACGGGAUGCUCACUCAACUCCUUACUACUAUGCUAGACCUCAGAGCCUUCCUCUGAAUUAUCAAGAUCGGAAUCUCCAGCCUGGCACUAUGGGAAGCAGUGGGAUCAGUAGUAUAGGGAUAUAUGCCCCAAAUGGACCAACGCCAACUCCACCAACAUUUCUUCCAGGACAAUCCUAUCAACGUGCGGGAGUAGGAGAUUGUCUCCGACAACAGCUGGGAACGCGGCUUGCUUGGACGUUAACUGCAGGCCAGCCUACGUUACAGAAUUCUACCUCAAAAGGCCUUUCAACCACAGUUUCACGUAAUCAGCCACGAUCAAGGCGGGAGGGUGACAUAAGUGGAUCUAUUGAAAUAACUGAGGCAUAUCUUGUGAGAGACAUUUUAUAUGUUUUCCAGGGAAUAGAUGGCAAAAUCAUUAAGAUGUUUAAUUCAGAAAACUGUUACAAAGUAGAUGCAAAGGCAAAUCUUUGUAAGUCUCUCAGAGACACCACAAGCCGGCUUGCUGAGUUAGGAUGGCUGCAUAAUAAAAUAAGAAAAUAUACCGACCAGAGAAGCAUGGACCGUGCAUUUGGAUUGGUGGGUCAGAGUUUUUGUGCUGCCUUAAAUCAAGAACUUAAAGAAUACUACAGAUUAUUGUCUGUUUUACACUCACAGGAAGAAAAGGAGGUGAACUUGCAUCAGCUGUUCAUGCCUACAGUAAAACAGGUGAUCCCUACAUGAAAUCCCUGGUACAACAUAUUCUUGGCCUUGUAUCACAUCCCAUCCUGAAUUUUCUUUAUCGUUGGAUUUAUGAUGGAGAAUUGGAGGACACAUACCAUGAAUUCUUUGUAGCUUCAGAUCCUACAGUGAAAACAGAUCGGUUGUGGCAUGACAAAUACACAUUGAGAAAAUCAAUGAUUCCUUCUUUCAUUACAAUGGAUCACUCCAGGAAGGUUCUCCUAAUAGGAAAAUCCAUAAACUUCUUACAUCAAGUUUGUCAUGACCAAAGUCCAACAUCAAAGAUGCUAGCUGUGCCCAGAUCUGCAGAAUCUCCAAAAGAUGCUGCUGAAAUGUUCACAGAUUUGGAAAAUGCAUUUCAGGGAAAAAUAGAUGCUGCAUAUUUUGAGACCAGCAAAUACUUGCUAGACGUGCUCCAUAAGAAGUACAAUUUACUGGAGCAUAUGCAAGCCAUGAGACGCUAUUUGCUCCUUGGUCAAGGAGAUUUUAUAAGACAUUUAAUGGACUUAUUAAAGCCAGAACUUGCGAGACCAGCUACAACCUUGUAUCAGCAUAAUCUGACAGGAAUCCUUGAAACAGCUGUCAGGGCAACUAACGCACAGUUUGAUAAUCCCGAGAUCCUCAAACGCUUGGAUGUUAGACUUUUGGAGGUGUCUCCAGGUGAUACUGGUUGGGAUGUUUUCAGUUUAGACUAUCACGUUGAUGGGCCAAUUGCAACGAUGUUUACACGAGAGUGUAUGAGCCACUAUCUAAGGGUGUUUAACUUCCUAUGGAGAGCAAAACGGAUGGAAUAUAUUCUUACUGACAUAUGGAAAGGACAUAUGUGCAAUGCAAAACUUCUAAAAAAUAUGCCUGAGCUUUCUGGGGUGCUGCAUCAGUGUCACGUUUUGGCAUCAGAAAUGGUCCAUUUCAUUCAUCAAAUGCAGUAUUAUAUUACAUUUGAGAUCCUGGAAUGUUCAUGGGAUGAACUGUGGAAGAAGGUCCAACAAGCUCAGGACCUGGAUCACAUCAUUGCAGCUCAUGAAGUCUUCCUAGAUACCAUCAUAGCUCGCUGUUUGCUGGACACUGAUUCAAGAAUGCUUCUCAACCAGCUCCGAGCUGUUUUUGAUCAGAUUCUUGAAUUUCAAAAUGUGCAAGACACAAUGUACCGAGCCGCCUUAGAGGAAUUGCAGCUACGUUUGCAGUUUGAAGAAAGGAAAAAGGAGCGAGAAGUUGAGGGUGAAUGGGGAGUAACAGCUUCAGAACAAGAAGAAGAGAUGAAAAGAAUGAAAGAAUUUGAAGACUCAAUACCAAAAAUGUGUUCACAGCUGCGACUACUUACUCAUUUCUAUCAGGGCAUUGUACAGCAGUUCUUGGUGCUCCUGACCACCAGUUCUGAUGAAAGCCUCCAAUUUCUUAGCUUUAGACUGGAUUUCAAUGAACAUUAUAAAGCCAGAGAACCGAGGCUUCGGGUAUCUUUGGGCACUAGAGGGCGACGUAAUUCACACAUAUGAAUUUUUUUCUGCAGCAAACAUAACCAGGAUCGCUCACCUGGCUCACUCGACGUGUAACUUGUUGGAUGUAGCAGUGAUGGUUGAGAGUAUGAAACCAAAUGGCAUGCAGUAGUGUUUGUCAUUCUUGCAAACAACCUGUUUUCAGUCAUGUGGUUGUGCAACACUAGUAGAGAAAGCAAAAUACUUUCCUUUCUGUAUUUAAUAAGUGUUACAACUAAGUGGAUUUAAAUUGUUUCAGUUUUGUUAUUGAAAAAUCACUAUAUUUCGUUUGGAUCGUCUGAGGAACUAUCCACUGUAAUUUUAUAUUUGUCUUUAGGACAUCAUUUCCACUUAUAGUAAGCACUGUUCCCAGUUUUCCGUUUGAACUUGGAAACCAGUUUUAUGAAAAUUUGCUGCUGGUCAAAAAUAUGUAUCCAAGGUGUUUGUUUGUUUGUUUGGGGCUUUUUUUAGUAGGGAAAAUAUGUCACAUAAAUUACUUACAUUAAUAUUUUCAGCAUUUUCAAAGCAAUGAUUUAUUUUUCCAGAAAAUUUUUAACUGCUUAUACAGAAACAUAUUAGAAACAUAACAUGCACAAAUAUCCUAAAAUAAAGAAUUCAGUGCUCUCAAGUAAUUAAAGUUGUAAAUAUAAAAUAGAUGUGAAUGAAGUAUUUUGUGUUCAAAUCGGAUGUAUGCAAAAUUAAUUUGGAUAUUGAAGACUACUUAUUUCUCUUUCCUUGCCUAUUUUUUCAUUGUAAAUAUUUAUAUAUUGCUGUCCAAAUAUUACAGGGAAACACUUUUGUAAAGAAGCCACUAUAUAUCAAGUCAUUCAAUUAUCCAUUUGUUAUAUUCACAGGUAAAAUCUUAGAAAAUAAACACAAUUAUCUUUCAAACACUUUAUCUGUUUCUUCUAACUGGAAAAGUGCCUGUUCUUAAAAAAAUAAUUAUAUAAUAAAAUUAGUUUUGAAUGUAUAGGCCCUUCUUUUCUUUACUUUGCCUGAUAGCUUAUAGAAUAUAUAAUAUGUCUCAAAAAAUGGGAAUGCCUGACUCCAAACUGAGUUUAUAUUGAGGCCCCUGUAUGGAUUUCCUAAAUGAGCCUAAUUUCAGUUUCAUA